AUGGAUACAUUUCCUGUACAAACAGGCAUUUCACCAAUUAAAAUUCAAGUUACAGCGCCUAGAGUACAAGCUGUUCAUCAAAUUCACGAGAGCAAUCUAGGUGUUGGAUCGAGCAUAAUUGGCAUCAACGAACGCAGUGCUCCCAACACCGUACGUACGUAUAGGGUCUACACUCCGUAUACUGUACGAUAUCCUCGAUAUGAGAAAUAUCUCACUUUUGUAACGACUUGCUCUUGGCGCCCACUAACUAGUACUGAUAGUAAUAUUAUUUCUUCAGCAAGUCCCCUAUCAGUAACGUCACUUUUGAAGACUGGCGGUAUGUCUAGUUACCACGCUCUAUCUAUCCUUUCGAUACUUUCCGAUCCCCUUUCGAAUUUUGGAUGUCCGCUGGGACCCAAUAUAUACGACGCUGAAGGUCUCGACAUACAGUGCAAUCGUGGCGGCUUAGCCCCCAGUCAGGGCCUAGAAACGGCUAUUGCUCUAGCAGGCGAUGGUUUAGGGCCCAAUGCACGAACCCUCCACUCCGGGCCCUCUACGGCGUGCCUGUCAAAGACGGAGGACUUGGAUAUAUAUGAGGGCGACAGACGCUGGUUUGGGAUUGGGGAAUACGUCGCAAAGAAUAAUUUAGCAGGGUAG